AUGGCACCCCCCAUUUCCCCUCGCCGUACACACCCUGCAAAUGCGACUCGACACCCUGGACUUGUGCUUCUCGAAGGUCAAAAGAAGCGACGUACCAAAGCCCAGGUUGCAGAAGACAAAGGCUGUGCUCUCGAAGCCCAGGCCGCUAAGGAAGCUGCCCUGCAGCGUGGAGUUGAUCGAAUUGCAGGCAUUGAGGCUGCCAUGCAGGUGGAGCAGGUGGCUGAAGCGACCAGCAGGGCAAAACCGGUAAAACCCCGCGCUAGACCAGUGAAGAAGAAGGAAAAGUGGCAAGAUGAAACUAAUGAGCUUGCCUUAGAGCACCCCUCCAUUCCCCCAGCACAAGCCAAAGUCCAAGGCGCAGGCGGUCAGCACCCAGUUGAUAGUGUGGGUGGAGGCAAUGGCAAGGUGGUUGAAAAUGAGGUGGCUGGGAAUGAGGAAGUCAAGAUGAAGAAGAAGAAGAAGAAGGUCAACCCUACAGUAUCGCGAGAAGCCAUAAGUGCAGCUACAAGGCAGAUCAUUGAUGGCGAUCUGGUUCAAGGGAAAGCUGAUAGCGACAAGAAAGGAAAUCUUAACCCAUCAUCUACGCUUCGCUUUAUGACCCUUACUUGGGGGCUCAGAAGUAAGAAAUACAGUCUGACGGGCAAGGUUAAUAAUUGGCGCACUCACCUCGAACCUGAGCCAAAGGCUGCUGCAAAACCUUUUCCUGUUCACAGCAUUCACACUGAAACUGUUUCUGUUGACUCUCUGGGUAUCUCGUCAGCAAAAUCAAGCCAAACUGUUGCAACCACAGUCUCACUCGCGAAGGAUCCGCCUCUUUCUUUGACAGACUCAUCCAAGACUUCACAUGCUCCCACAUUGGAUGAAGAUGGAGACGACGACAUCGACAUCGACACCGAUGACGAAGAAGACAACAACAACGAAUUCAAAGAGCAUUUUGUGGCCAACACAAAAGGAAAGGCCCGGGAGCAGAUGCAGAGUGUCGUGGCGAUCUCUGGUGAGAUCGCUGAACAUUCAGAUGACAACAGUUCCGAGAUACUGCCAGUGUCGACGCCAUUCAAUCUAUUGCCCUUCACUCAGCAAGCUGAAAUAGUGCAAUUUGCUCUAGAACAGGCCCAGUCAACUCGCACUGGUAGUUCCUCAAAGCGGCCAAUCGAGGCAGUCGACUUAAUUACCUCGUCUGAAGAGGACUCAAACGUGGCUGACGAGGAUAAUGCAGAUGCAUCUUUUGAUGCAAUGGUACUCGAUGCCACUCACUUCAUGUCUCCUGAGGUUGAGCCAGCACUGGGUCACUUCAAAGUCUGCAAGAACGCAAACCCACCCAAGAAAAUCAAGUUGGAACCGGCUACCAAGAAGAUGGAUGCUCCGGUAUCACCUGAGCCCAGUGUGAUGUCCGCUGACAUGAUGACGAAGCCGAAAAGUGGAAACCAGUGGCGAAACACUGAUCUUCCCCCACUUAUGCUGGAGGAUGGUAUGUGGCGAAGGUCUUUUAUCCCCACCGUCUUUCUGUGGGCAGGCGCUCAGCCUAAUUUCUGGUCCAUUGAGACCGAGAAACCCCUCCCAGCGCUCCAGGCUAUCUUCGAUGUUGCUUAUCCAGGAAUGAAUCAUAAGGUUCAACCGCGCGGCCCUAUCAUUGGUCUGGUGAAUCAGCACAUUUGCUCCUGGCGCAGUAAUUUUGGAUCCACGGCCAUCGCCCUUGUUGCGAAUUUUCUCGCUACCUCAAAAGAUAACGAGGACAAGGACGAGGACGAAGACGCUAACUUCGAACAAACGCUGGCAGCUGAACUUCUUCAGGAGUGGGCCUUCCUCUACGAGGAUCCAGAGGUUCGCGAUCCAGGUCAGAUUUACCGGUCUGAAUUUAUGUUGGAAAUGAUCGAGGCCACUCAUCUCAAUGCAAUUGCUGGGUUCCUCGACGUGCCUGCGAUCAACAUGGAUGAUCUGCAAUUGCAGGGUAUGCAGGCCCUGAUUGCAGCAUGUGCUGCCUCACUCAAACGCGCUUUCAACUUUGUUGCAAAGCCCAAGGCUCUCGACGAUGACCAAAGCAUAGCCACUGGUAGUGUGAAGGGCAGUACUAAAUCUUGCAGAACGAUACCUUCGAAACGCAAUAAAUCCAGUAACAAGGACGCUGGCACGUCGGUAUUUUCAGAGGCAAAUUGUGGAUCGGCGACGACUGAUUAUUACCAAUCGCUCGCAAGGCGGGGGCUGAAGUAUACAAUAGACACCAUCGCCAUGGUGCGGCAGCGCCAGGAGGCAAUCCAGAAGCUCAAGAAUGCUCCUGCCGAGGACCUGAAACCCAAGUGUGGGCGUGCCCUGCUUUGUAUGUAUUUUUUCCUCGUCAUGCGCUCUACAACUACUGACUCAUCUGACACCGGCAGAAUAUUGGCUAUCCCUGCUGCAUUUCCCCCACCCCCACUCCGAUCAUUGAAGCCAUACUACCUACAAAUCCACACAUUCAGCGAGCUUCCUGCAUUCUUCUGGACUACUUUUUAG